AUUUGUUGGUUGUGUUAUAUUUUUGGCGUCCCCGUCUGCGAAAAUAACAAAAAAACCUUAAUUGAAACGCAGAUAAAAUGGACUCCCUCGCGAAUUACGGCAGCGAUGACGACUACUCGUCGGACGAAAAGAGCAACAACUACGAAUCACCAUCCGCAAAAAUUCUUGACAGGAUACGAGAGCGACGGAGAAGAACGGCAAAAGGUCCGCGCAGAAGGACGUCGACACCAACUACGACGACGUCGGAAUGGAUCUGAGUGAGGACUCCGACUCCGACAAGGCAAACCGACGCAGUCCGCACACGAGACAGCGUCCAGAUCGCAGCUCACGUUCCAGCCCGAAACGCGAUGAAGGCAGGAGCGGACGUCGCGGCGGCGACGACGACAGACGGCGGCACCGCGACCGCGAAUACGGCAGAGAUCGCGACCGAGACCGCGACGAUGACAGACGCUACAACAAUAGGGACAGGCGCAGGAGCAGGAGCAGGGACCGGAAGAGCAGGUCGUCGCCCAGGAGGUCCAGGUCCAGGUCCAGGGAGAGGAGCCGCGGCUCCUAUUCGAAGCGUUACGACCGUGGGCCGAGGACUGACCGCGUUGAGAGAAACGAACGUGGAAACGGCAACGAAGCCAAAGAUGACGGACCCAAGGACAGGUUCUUCAUGCCGGGCAUCACGGGUAGGUUCAGGGACCAAAUAGAGCGCAGGAAACUGCUGUGGCAGAAGAAGAGCGAGCCGGACCAGGCGCCGGAACCUAAGCCAGGUCCCCAACCGCUCGGCGGGCCCGGUGGUUCGAGGGCCACCAAACUGUGGGAGACCACCACCUUCGCCCAAGACACAGACGGCAAAGUUGCCAGCAAAUUCAAACGACUGAUGGGCAUCCGCAACAGCGGCGAAGGCUCGGGUGCGUCGACCGACGUGCUCAAGAAGCAGGAGGAGAUGUUUUCGAGUAUGGAGGCUCAGUACGAAGUGGCCAGGACGGCGACGCACACGAUGCGGGGCGUCGGUUUGGGUUUCGGCAGUUUCCAGAAGUAACAGACCGAAUUCUGAUUUAAUUUAUUUGUUUUCUCCGCGACAUUGUUGUGAUUAUCUUUUUGUACAGAUAAUUGGCGGAUAAUUUAAUUUAAGACUACAUUGUUUGUUUGUGUACAUAUAUGGUUUAAAAAAUAAACUUUUUUUUAGUAAAUA